AUGACACAAUAUGACGGCCUUGAAGAGGUCGGCGUCGUCCAGCUGCAUGGCGGCGCCGGCGCCGGCGCCGAUGAGAAGCGCAACUCGGUGGUAGUCACGCGGAACCCUUCUUCCUCGGCAGCCGCCUCCGCAGAUGGCGAGUGGGAGUUACCCACGGACGAGGAGCUGGCGACUCUGCGCCGCGUAUCCAACAAGAUCCCGCCCAAGAUUCUGACCAUUGGCUUCAUCGAGCUGUGCGAGCGCUUCUCCUUCUACGGCAGCACCGUCGUGUUCACCAACUUCAUCCAACAGCCUCUCCCGGCCGGAUCGACCACCGGCGCCAGCUCUACGCAGCCCGGAGCCCUGGGCAUGGGCCAGCGCGCGUCCACGGCCAUCACCGUCUUCAACCAGUUCUGGCAGUACCUCAUGCCCCUGUUCGGCGCCUACGUGGCCGACCAGUACCUCGGCCGCUACAAGACGAUCGGCUACGCGCUCAUCGUCGACGUCCUCGGACACAUUGUGCUCAUCAUGUCGGCCAUCCCUCCCGUCAUCACCAACAAGGACGGUUCCCUGAGCUGCCUCAUUCUCGGCAUCAUCAUCAUCGGAUUUGGCACCGGCGGUUUCAAGCCGAAUAUCACGCCCCUCAUCGUCGAACAGCUAGGUGAGCAGCGCAUGCACGUCAAGACUCUCAAGAGCGGCGAACGCGUCAUCGUCGACCCUGCCGUGACGAACGAGCGCAUCUACAACUGGCUGUACUUCCUCAUCAACGUCGGCGCCCUGGUCGGCCAGAUCGGCAUGGCCUGGGCAGAAAAGUACGUCGGCUUCUACCUGUCGUACACGCUCCCCACCGUCCUGCUCCUCUGCUGCCCCGCCGUCCUGUUCUGGGGACGCAAGCGCUACAUCCGCCGCGAACCGGGCGGUUCCGUCCUCGCUCCCGCCCUCAAGACCUUCUUCCUCGCCCAGAAGGGUCGCUGGUCCGUCAACCCCGUCGCCACGUACAGGAGUCUCAACGACGGCACCUUCUGGGAUAAUGUCAAGCCUUCGCGCUUCACUGACGAGACCCGUCCUGCCUGGAUGACAUUUGACGAUGCUUGGGUCGAUGAGCUGCGUCGUGGGUUCAGUGCUUGUGCUGUGUUUUCGUGGCUUCCUCUAUUCUGGUUGUGUUAUAAUCAAUCGUCCAACCUGACAUCCCAGGCGGCCGUGAUGCAGCGUCACGGUGUUCCCAACGACGUCAUCUCCAACCUAAACCCGAUAGCCCUCCUCAUAUUCAUCCCCAUCAACGACCAGAUCGUGUACCCGACCCUGCGCAAGAUGGGCAUCCGCUUCACGCCCAUCAAGAAGAUAACGUGCGGCUUCUACACGGCCAGCGCGGCCAUGGUGUGGUCGGCCGUGGUGCAGCACUACAUCUACCAGAAGUCGUCGUGCGGCGAGUACGCCUCGCGGUCCGGAUGCGACCCGGCCCCGCUCAACGUCUGGAUCCAGUCGGGCUCGUACGUGCUCACCGCCCUGUCCGAGGUCUUCGCCUCCAUCACGUCGCUCGAGUACGCCUACUCCAAGGCCCCGCGGAACAUGAGGUCCAUGGUCCAGGCCUUUGCCCUCUUCACCACGGCCUUUGCCGCCGCCCUCGGCCAGGCCCUCGUCGGCCUGUCGACCGACCCCCUCCUCGUCUGGAACUACACCCUCGUCGCUGGACUGGCCUUUGUGGCUGGCACGUGCUUCUUCUUCCAGUUCAGGCAUCUGGAUGAUCAUGAGGAUGAGAUGAAUGAGUUGCCUGAGGGUAUUGUUGCUACCGGUGCUGCCAGUGCU